AUGUUAUCUCAACUCGCCGUAUCUCUCACCCUCGCCCUCCUUCCCCUCACGCUCGCUCAGGGAGAUCUCAGUGCGGCGAACAACUUGACGGACUUGGAGGGGACUUGGUCGAGUAAUUCUGCGGUGUCUACUGGUGGUUCAUUCUGUUCACCCGCAGAGAUGGCAUUCGAUUACCCAAACAAUACAGGAAUGGCAUACUCAUUCACAAACGACGGUUUCUUUGAAGAAGCCCAAUACCGAUACAACUCCAACGCUACCAAUCCAGCAUGCAUCCAAGCCGUCUUGAUUUGGCAGCAUGGAACGUACUCUUUGGAAGAUGAUGGGUCGAUAAUUCUCCAUCCCUUUUCGGCUGAUGGGAGAGUCCAAGUGCAAGAUCCUUGCGCGGCCACGACGAAUAUCAUCACGUACUAUGAUGAGACGACAACUUUCACAGAUUGGGGGAUCAUCGUAGAUCCCGAUACUGGAAACUAUCAACUACGAUUAAACAGAUAUGAUGGAGCCAAAUUACCCUACAUGAACCUCAUCGCCAAACCACCCAACAUGCUUCCUACACAAACAUUAACAGGUGUUAAUGCAUCGGGUCAGACGAAUACUCGAAAACGUUCGCUCACUUCUUCACCUCUCGAUAUAUUCAAAAGAUCAUCCGCGUCCAACCGGGCUUCGAUCAGCUCGAAUCAGGUGAUUGCCGUAGGGGGUAUUGUGGGAAGUGUAAUGGUUGGGUUAUUAGCUUUGGUAUAA